GGCUACAAGUCUUUGGUGGGAAGAAGAUGGGCGAGGUGUGUUUUGCCUUGCCCUAUCUGCCUGCCUGUCUGCCCCUGCUGAUCUCCAUCUCCAUCGGAAAACUGUUGGACUCCCAACACAGGGCAUCUUUUCAUAGGCGCGCUACCGUUGCCGCUCACAAUUUCACCCUUCGCACCGGACUCGAGCCUAUUUCACGCUAUGACUUGUGGUAUCUGGGUGUCGCCCGUCCGUCACAUCUCUCUCUCUCCUCAACGAGUGCGCAGGCAGGUCUUUGGAGGAUGAUCUCGUCCCAUUCCCUUUGUCGCCUUUCCUCCGCCAUUGCGCUACAUCUCACGGAAAUCGAUGGGAAAGUCUCACGGGAAUUCUUCACGAAAUCCGAAGUCGACCGGGCUCAGAAUUUACGUGGAAUGCCGUUUGUCCAGUGGGCGGACCUCCCCCUGCAUAUUGGCUGGCUGCAUCAUGCUCCCUCCCAUUCGUCGGGCAUGACGCCCAAGAUCUUGAUGAUGGAUCCGGAUCAUCUAUCCACAAUCAAUGGGCAAUCGAUCGAUGAAUGCUCGAUGGAAAGUACGUCCAAUGACCCGGAGAGCCGUAGAUGCUCUCAAUGGGAAGAGUUAUUCGGAGAGUACUGGACUUGAUGGUA